CGCCGCCGCGCCGCCGCCGAGGGGACCAGGAAGUGGGGAGAGGAGCCCGGGCCCCGCCAGCGCCCGCUCGCUUCUUUGUGCGGCCGGAGCCCGGACGGGCGGGGACGGAGCCGGCGGGGGGAGAUGGGACCGAAGCGGAGCCCUCUCCCCCGCCCCCCCCCCCCGCGGCUCCCGCUGGGCCUGGGCUUUGGGGCCCGUGGCCCCUGCUCUGGCUCCAUUUUGUGGGCCCGGGCGGCGGGAGCGCGGCUCCCCGGGCUGUUCCUGCCCCGCGCCCGGCCACACGCGGGGGAGGGCCCCUGCGCCGUCCCGGUCACAGCGGGGGCUGGCAGCCGCGAUCCCCCUUUGCCCGCCUCCGGGAUCCCCUGGCCGCGGUGCCCAGCAGCGGGGAUCCUUCCCUCCCUCCGCCCCCCGGUCGCGUCCCCUUCUCUCCUUCCCCCGCCCUGUAGCGGAGCGACUUGGGUCCCUGCGGAUUGGGAGCCGCUUGUGGGAUCUUCGGCGGGGGCGACCUUUUCUGCCCACCCCCGGGCAGUCGCGGCCACCUCCGCUGAGCGUGCGGGAAGUCCGAGCCCCUGGUGCAGCCACAGCUGCUCCCCGUCCUCCAGCUCCCCCGCGCAGUUCCGAGUUUGUGGCUGUCAGUGCUGUGGGCUGGGAGGAUGGCGGUGCUGGUGUGGUGCAGCAUCUCGGUGAUCCUGGGGUCAGAGCUAGGACAGCUAGUCUCCUCUACAUGGGCACCCCGGAGUUAACCUUGCAGUCCUCCCACAGGCAAAAACCCCUUGAAAGCGCUCCGCAUGAGUAAGGAGCGUAGGGUGAGGCCCUAAAACACCAGGAUGUGGUGAGAGGAUCUGAGUAACCAGGCAGGAGCAUCUGAUACCACAGUAGAUGGAUGGUGACAGUUCUACAACAGAUGCUUCUCAGUUAGGAAUUGCUGGAGAGUACAUUGGUGGUAGUCACUUUGUAAUACAGCCUCAUGAUGACACUGAGGACAGUAUGAAUGAUCAUGAAGACACAAAUGGCUCAAAAGAGAGUUUUAGAGAACAAGAUAUAUAUCUUCCAAUUGCAAAUGUGGCAAGGAUAAUGAAAAAUGCCAUACCCCAGACAGGAAAGAUUGCUAAAGAUGCAAAGGAGUGUGUGCAAGAGUGUGUAAGUGAAUUCAUCAGCUUUAUAACAUCUGAAGCAAGUGAGAGGUGUCAUCAAGAGAAACGAAAGACUAUCAAUGGAGAGGAUAUUCUCUUUGCCAUGUCUACCUUGGGAUUUGAUAGUUAUGUUGAACCUUUGAAGCUGUAUCUCCAAAAAUUCAGAGAGGCAAUGAAAGGAGAGAAAGGGAUUGGAGGAACAGUUACAACUGCAGACGGUCUUAGUGAGGAGCUCACAGAAGAAGCAUUUACUAACCAGUUGCCAGCAGGUUUAAUAACUACAGAUGGCCAACAGCAAAAUGUUAUGGUUUAUACAACAUCUUAUCAACAGAUCUCUGGUGUUCAGCAAAUUCAGUUCUCAUGAUUUGAAGAAGGCUUUGGAUUUGGGAAUGGAAAAGAGAGACAAGAAAGCUGUACAACUUGUGAGAAGAGACAUUAGUUUAAAAUGACAGAGGAGAGAGUUGUCUCUUUGUACAUUAAAUAGCUGUAAUGUAGCUACCUGAGGCUUGACUAAUGGAGGUGUGAAUUCUGACUCAAAUCUUUUUUCAUGAAUUUUAAAAAAAAUUGGAUUUUAAGGGUAUUAAAGUAUUUUUGUUUUGUACAAGAGUUUGUUGCUCUGUAUAACUCCUGUAUGCAUUGUAUAUUGCAAUUUAUUACUGUCAGAGAUUUGUAGACAGUUUCUUAUUUUCAUAUUGAAUUAUGUUACUUUUGUAAUUCAAGUAAACAGCUGAGUUUAAUUCAUGUUUACCCUUUGAAUAAAAUAAGGGUAAAGUUCA